AUGUCCAAACACGCUGCUCGUUCCAUCAUGUCUGCGAUUGCCUGCAAACAUCUUCGUCCGCGAAAGUUCGCACCUCUCGGUUCUUCCGUGACGUCGACUGCCCCUCCCUUGAAGGGGAUUGUAUUUGAUGUGGAUGGAACCCUGUGUUUGCCACAACACCACAUGUUCAGCGAAAUGAGAGAAGCACUGGGAAUCGAUCGCUCUAUUGACAUUCUCCAACAUAUCCGCGAACUCCCCGCUGGAGAGCAAGCCACAGCCGUAUCGAAAGUGCAAGCUGUAGAGCGCCGAGCCAUGGCCGAUCAGCAGCCACAGCCCGGUCUGGUCCGCCUAAUGGACUACCUCGAAUCCCGCGGCUUGCGAAGAGCACUCUGCACACGGAACUUCGAAGCACCAGUCCAGAACCUUAUCAACAACCAUCUCGAUGGUCAUAUCUUCCUACCAAUCAUCACACGGGACACGCCCAAUCUCCUGCCCAAGCCUGAUCCCGCGGGUAUCCUGCAUAUUGCGAGUGAAUGGGGUCUCGCUAAUGGUGAGAAUUUGAUCAUGGUUGGUGAUAGUAUUGAUGAUAUGACGGCUGGACAUAUGGCUGGUGCGGCGACGGUGUUACUUUUGAAUGAGCAGAAUGUGCAUUUGAAGGAACAUCCGCAUACGGAUCUUUGCAUUAAGCAGUUGGAUGAUCUGAUCGAUAUUCUGGAGGGGGGAUUUGUCGGGACUAGGGAGAAUGAUGAGCAUGGUGCGUGA